AUGUACUUUACCAGCAGCAGCACGCCCUUCCUCGUCGCCAUCGCGCUGGCUGGCGCAGCCACGCAGACGCUGGCAGCCCCACCCGCCCCCGUCGCCACCAUUGCCGCACGGGCGCCCGUCGACGCGCUUCAGAACCGGCAGUUUGACCCGUCAUCAUUCCAGGCCUCGCUCUCGUCGUCGCUCGACGGGCUGGACCAGUCGCUGUCGUCGGCGCAGGCCUCGCGCAGCGCGUCGCUCUCGAGCGAAGUUGACAGCAUCACGCGCAACGACCCUACGGUGCCCAUCAGCACCAACGGGCCCUGCCCCACGGGUACGGUGGGCACGACGAUUGGCAACGACAAGUGCUGCCUGUCCAACGUCUACAUCAACGGCAAGUGCUAUGAUGUAAAGGGCCAGACGGGGUCCAUCAUUGUCAACGAUGGCGGCGACUCCGAGUCGGCCAGCUCGAGCAACGGCGGCAGCAGCAGCGGCGACGACGACAGCUCGAGCCAGAGCUCGGGCAACGGUAACACCUCAUCGUCGGGCGCCUCCAGUGGCGGCAGCAGCAGCAACAGCAACAACAACAGCAACAGCAGCAGCAGUAGCAGCAGCAGCGCCGCCUCGUCGACGUCGCAGUCGAGUGGCCAAAAGGAUGGCGCUGCCUACCACGGCGCAGCCACGACCAUUGUCGGCCUUGCCGGCAGUGCUGUUGUCGCCUUCCUUGCUCUGUAA